AGCUUUUUUCUAUGGAUAAAACUCAUUUGCCAUAAGAUUUCUACUCACUUGUUUGACGGAUCUCACAAUACAUGGAGCCCACAAAAAUAAAAAAUGCAAAACGAAAGUGGAACCCACUCCCUAUUCGAGAGUGGGAGGUUGGCAAAAUUUCUUGUGUCGCAGUAGCGUGAUUCUUUUUGUAUUUAAAAUCAAUGGUAAAGUUGUGAAUGUUUCAAAGGGAGUAAAGAUAUUCGUUAUUUGAACAAUCCACGUUUUCUCUGAGAAUUGAACCAAAUUUGGCAUAGUCGGUAAGAACAGUACAAGAUCCUAGGAAAUUGAAUUUGGGGCCCCAUUAAAUUGGCUUAGCCUACAAAUCAACGCCGGUUCAAGAUUUGCCGUACCGAAUAAUUUCAACUUGCUCGGCAGCAAAAGCACCAGUCUACCACGGCACUUGGCCAUACGAGUUAUUUCUAUAAUUUUUUGGGUGUGAGAAUUACAAUAUGGCAAUCGACCCAGAGAAGGAAGAGUUCUUGAGGGAGUUUGGUGAAGAUUAUGGCUAUCCAAAUGCACCCAAAAACAUUGAUGAGCUCAGAGCCACCGAAUUUAAACGCUUGGAUGACGUUGCGUACUUGGAUCAUGCUGGAGCAACUCUGUAUUCUGAGUCACAAAUGGAAGCCAUUUUCAAGGAUUUCAAUUCUACUAUCUAUGGAAAUCCCCAUAGCCAAAGCGACUGCAGUGUGACCACAAGUAACAUUGUUGACGAUGCUCGUAGACAGGUCCUUAAUUUCUUUAAUGCAUCUCCUAGAGAAUAUAAAUGCAUAUUUACCUCUGGGGCUACAGCUGCACUGAAACUUGUUGGAGAGACCUUUCCAUGGAGUAGUCAGAGUACUUUUAUGUAUACCAUGGAGAAUCACAACAGUGUCCUUGGAAUCAGAGAAUAUGCACUCAAUGGAGGAGCUGCAGCUUUCUCAGUGGAUGUUGAAGAGGUUGUAGAUCAUGAUCAACCCGACAGUGGUAAAUCGGCUUUUAAGAUUAUCCCACACCAAGAGCAGAGGAGAAGCGAACACAGAUUCCUUAAAAAAGAGGCCACUGGUGAUACAUACAACUUAUUUGCAUUUCCCUCGGAAUGCAACUUUUCAGGUCUGAGAUUUAACCUUGACCUGGUAAAUUUCAUGAAGGAAGAUUUGUCUGAAAUGUUUGAAUCCUCUACACAUCACAGAGGGAACUGGAUGGUUAUUAUUGAUGCUGCAAAAGGAAGUACAACAGCACCACCAGAUUUGUCUAAAUACAAGGCAGACUUUGUCGUAGUGUCAUUUUAUAAGCUAUUUGGUUACCCAACUGGACUUGGAGCUCUUAUUGUGCAAAAUGAAGCUGCCAAGUUAAUGAAGAAGACAUAUUUUAGUGGAGGCACCGUAGCUGCAUCAAUUGCAGACAUUGACUUUUUCAAAAGAAGAGAGGGUGUUGAGGAAUAUUUUGAGGAUGGAACCAUAUCAUUCCUGAGUAUAGCGUCUCUUCACCAUGGAUUCAAAAUCCUCAAUGCAUUAACCAUGACUGCAAUAUCCCGGCAUGCGUCAUCACUUGCUACUUAUGUGAGGAACAAGCUCUUGGAUCUGAGGCAUGCAAAUGGCCAUCAUGUUUGCACACUAUAUGGCUUAAGAGAUUCGGAGGUAUUAUGCAAUAAAAUGGGUCCUACAGUUUCAUUUAACUUGAGAAGGCCAGAAGGUUCCUGGUUUGGCUAUCGGGAGGUGGAAAAACUAGCAUCCUUAUCGGGUGUUCAGUUACGGACAGGAUGCUUUUGUAAUCCUGGUGCAUGUGCAAAAUACCUCGGUCUAUCUCAUUCGGAUCUUCUCUCUAAUGUUGAGGCAGGUCAUAUUUGCUGGGAUGAUCGUGAUAUAAUGAAUGGAAAACCAACUGGAGCUGUAAGAGUGUCAUUCGGUUAUAUGUCAACAUUUGGAGAUGCAAGGAAAUUUUUGAGGUUUAUUGAGAAUGGAUUUGUAGUGUUGCCACCUGUAGCAAGGGCUAUCCAUCCUGUAACUGAAGAUGCUGAUAAAGCUAUCGCGAGAUACUUUCUUAAAUCUAUUACUAUCUAUCCAAUAAAAUCGUGUGCAGGGUUCAGUGUGGAGAGUUGGCCUCUAACUCGUACUGGAUUGCUACAUGAUAGAGAAUGGCUUCUCAAGAGCUUAAAUGGGGAAAUUCUUACUCAAAAGAAGGUGACUGUAACUUCAUGCAUUCAAAUCUUGGGAUUUAUUCAAGUUCCAGACAUGUGCUAUAUUACUGCAUCGAUUGAUCUCAAUUUGGAAAUACUGUGUGUGGAGUCACCCCGUUGCAAAGAGAAACUGCAGAUUAAACUUAAAUCAGAUCCUACGAUCUCUGAAAAAGAGGAGAUGAAGAUAUAUUCUCAAAGAUAUGAAGUCCAGGCAUCCAGUGAUGAAGUCGACAAUUGGUUUAGCAAAGCUGUUGGUCGGCAUUGUACUCUUAUAAGGAAUACUGGUUCACAGUCACAUUCGUGCCCUAUUAGGGACAAGAGUCCAGGGAUCUGCAGAGAUAUAGCUACUAGUUUAAAUUUUGUGAAUGAAGCUCAGUUUUUGUUGAUAUCUGAGGAAAGUGUUGCUGAUUUGAACAACAGAUUGAGAUCAAAAUUGCAGAAUGGCUCCCAUGAACCUCCUACUGAAGUCACUUCAAUGAGAUUUCGCCCCAACCUUGUUAUGUCUGGUGGGAAGCCUUAUAUAGAAGAUGAGUGGAGAAAUCUGAAAAUUGGAGACAACUAUUUCAGUUCAUUGGGGGGUUGCAAUCGUUGCCAGAUGAUCAACAUGACCUCUAGCUCUGGCGAGGUGCAUAGAUCGAAUGAACCAUUAGCUACUUUAGCAUCUUACAGAAGAGUAAAGGGGAAAAUAUGUUUCGGCAUACUAUUAAGAUACGAGGAUAGUACUGAACAUGGUGCAUGGCUUCAUGUGGGACAAGAAAUAUAUGCAAAUGUCCAUUAGCUUUGAUUGUUUAUUGAUGUCAUACUUUAGUACAAAUAUAUAGAUUUACACUGAUGAUGCAAUGGCUGGAAAGCUUCCGUACUAUCACUGCUGCACCAGGGAAUAGAGGAAGGGGAAAAAAAUUUAGAAUAAUACUACUUUGCUAGAAUCAUGUUGAUAGAUAUCUUGACAUAAUGGGUGUUGAAACAAUCCAAUGAUAGAAUGUUAUGUGAUAUUGUGUCAAUGGUUAUGUCGACCUUUCUAGCAAUUUAGCAUGAUGCAAAAAAACUAAUAAAUUAUUGGUUUCUUUAUUAUA